AUGACUGAAGUUCGCCGAAGCAAGCGCAUCGCGGGAAGCGAACCUGCCGCCCCCGUGAAGGACGCUCCCGCCAAGCGGACUAAAAAGGAAACUGCGCCCCCAGCGAAGAAGGGCGCCAAGGCACCGACCGCGGCGGCAAAGAACGCCGAGAAAGCCGUCGACGCCCCGGCAUCUGAUGCUGAGGACAAGCACGAGAGCAACGAAGAGGCGCCAGCAGUAGAUGCUGAUACCACUACUGCCGCGAUCGUCGAGGACGACGCCACGGAAGAGGAUGCCGCACCUGCUGCACCCAAGGUCCUCAAACUUGGAGAUGUCGUGCCCAAUGUUGAAUUGCUCAACGAAAGCGACGAAGUGGUACACGUCCUUGACUUGGUCAAGGAGAAAGGCGCGGUGUUCUUCAUGUUCCCCAAGGCGGACACCCCUGGAUGUACCAAGCAAGCCUGUGGUUUCCGCGACGAGUAUGAAAAGUUCAAGAGUGCGGGGUACAACGUGUUUGCGCUCAGUGGCGACAGUCCCAAAGCGCUAAGCAAGUGGAAGGCGAAGAAGGAGUUGCCGUACAAGUUGCUGUCGGACCCGAAGCACGUGCUCAUCGCUGCGUUUGGCAGCUCCAAGCCGGGCAAGAAAGUGCAGCGGUCGCAUGUGAUCGUCGCGGCGGGGGGCGCCGUCGUCGACAUCCAAGCGCAAGUAUCGCCCUUGGACAGUGUCGACAAGUCGGUCGCGUUUGUGUCGAAACCGUAA